AUGACUGUCACGAAACAUAUUAUAAAGGUUAAUUUCAUUUUAUUCGAUUUAGAUGGAACUCUAGUUAAUACCACUGAAUCUGCUUCAAGAUCUUGGACAGAUUUAUGUAUUAAGGAAAACGUCGACCCUAAAGAGUUAUUGAGCCAUUCUCAUGGUGUUAAAUCUCAAGAUAUUAUUGCUAAAUAUUUCCCUACAUUAGAUAAUUCAAAAGGUCAAAUUUCAUAUUCUUUAGAAAGAGCCAUGGUCGAUAAAUAUUCAGAUUCAGUGGUCCCAGUCACUGGUUCUGUAGAAUUAUUGUCAAGUUUACUGGAUGGGUAUUGGUGUAUUGUCACAAGUGGACCCAAAUGGAUUACCAACCAUUGGCUAGAAGUCACUGAUUUGAACAAGAUCAAUAAGCCAGCAGUAUUCUUGACUUCAGAGUUGGUUCCCAAGGGGAAACCAAAUCCAAUGGGCUACCAAAUGGGUCUUGAAGGGUUGAAAACAUUGAAUUCAGUUGGAAAUAAUGAUAACUUGACCUAUGUCGUUUUUGAAGAUGCACCUGCUGGAAUUAAAGCAGGUAAAGCAAUGGGCGCCAAAGUUGUAGGAAUUACCACAUCGUAUGAUAAGCAAAAAUUGAUAGAUGCAGGAGCUGAUUACGUGAUUAAUGAUCUUUCAGAUGUUGAAGUUCUUCAUAUUGACGAUAUUUCAAAGGGUAUCAAACAAUUUACCAUGUUGCUUGAUCAAAACACCGUUUGA